GAGCCCAAGCCCAGUUUGGAAGAGACGAGGCUCCCAGACCAGACCACAGUCACAACAUGGCGACGGCGCCCAUGGAAGAGGACCUGCCGGAGGCGGCGGCGGCCGCGGGCGUCGCCGAAGAUGCUGGUGAAGGGGAGAAGCCCGCAGAGGGUUUGCCCGCGGACUCUGACUCGGACUCGUCGGACUCCGACGACGACGACGCAGGCGGCGAUGGCGGCGAGGAGCUCCGGAUCCAGGCCCUGGAGCGCGCCCUCCAGGAGCAUCCCCUCUACGAGUCCUACGUGCAGUUGAUACACUGCUUGAGGAAAUCUGGGAAUAUCGAGAAGCUUCGUGCUGCAAGGGAGGAGAUGAAUAAGUACUUCCCUCUCACACCAAAGAUGUGGCAGGAUUGGGCAAAGGAUGAAAUCUCAUUGAGCUCUGGUCCCGAAUCUUUCAGUGAUAUCGAAAAGUUGUAUGAACAUGGGGUGCAAGAAUAUCUGAGUAUUAAGUUAUGGCGUGAUUACCUGGACUAUGUUGAGGAGAAUGAUCAGUCGGUUUCCCAAUGUUCGCCAUCGGGCCUCUCAAAAAUGAGGGAUUUGCACGAGCGUGCCAUCACUGCAGGGGGGCUGCAUGUAACUGAAGGAAGCAAACUAUGGGAAGCUUACAGGGAAUACGAGAUGGCAAUUCUGACCAUAAUUGAUGGCAAUGACGAGGAGAAGCAAAAGCAAAGUCAACGCGUACGCGUGCUCUUCCAUCGUCAGUUAUCCGUGCCUCUGGCUCAUUUAGAUUCUAUCCUUGCUGCUUAUAAGAGCUGGGAAGCUGAGGAAGGCAAUGCGAAUGAUCCAGAAUCUGAAUUUGAUGGUGUGCCACCUAACGUAGUAUCUGCUUACAGAAAGGCUAAUGAAAUAUACAAUGCACGGAAGCAGUAUGAGGAUCAACUGAACAAUGUAUCUGCAUCCGAUGCUGACAAACUGCAGGCUUUUCUGAAAUACAUCAAAUUUGAGGAGUCUUGUGGUGACCCUGCUCGUGUUCAAGUUCUGUAUGAGCGGGCUGUUUCUGAGUUUCCUGUUUCAAAUGAUCUGUGGAUGGGAUACAUGAGUUACCUGGACAGAACCCUGAAGGUACCUGCUGUACUCAAAAGUGUUUACCACAGAGCCACAAGAAACUGUACGUGGGUUAGUGAUUUAUGGAUCCGUUACUUGCUGUCUUUGGAGCGUAUUCAUGCCUCUGAAGAUGAACUGCGACAUGUCUUUGAGCAGGCCAUUCGUUGUUCUUUUCCAAUGAAAGAGUAUCUCGAUAUUUAUCUUACCCGAGUUGAUAGUUUAAGAAGACGGAUGCCAGCUGGCUUGGAUUUCCAACUGAUUAGGCAGACAUUCGUGGAUGCUGCUGAGUUUCUCUCACCACAUCUAGGAAUUGAGGAGUUACUACCCUUCAAUGCAUACUGGGCCAGAUUAGAGUGUAAUAUUGGCAAAGAUCUAGCUGCAGGCCGUGGAGUUUGGGAAAAUGCUCUCAAGAAAAGUGGGUCAUGUUUGGAAGUCUGGCAGCACUAUAUUUCGAUGGAGAUAGAAAUGGGACAUACUCAAGAGGCAAGAUCACUUUACAAGCGUUGCUACAGCAAAAAAUUUGCAGGGUCUGGAUCAGAGGUCAUAUGUUAUUCGUGGAUUAGAUUUGAAAGGGAGUAUGGCACCUUAGAUGAUUAUGACCUUGCUGUAAAAAAGGUCACCCCUCGUUUAAAGGAGCUUAUGAUGUUCAAGGCUCAGCAGGAUGCUAAAUCUGAUCCUUAUUCUGUCCCCAAAGAAACUUCUUAUGCAAAUGAUUCCUCACAGAAAAGAAAGCCAAGUAAAAUGACCAGCAAAGUGCAGCCUCCUGCUAAGAAAAGGAAAGAUAAUCCACCUAAAAACACUGUGUCAUCCGAUGACCAUGGAUUAAAGGAACCAAGCACAAACAAUAGUGUUCAAGAAGCUGGAAAAGCCAGCAGGGAGAAGGCUGAGGCAUCAAUGGAGAGCAGCCAAGGAGGAAAUAAAAGUUCAAAUCAACCGAAGCCUUACCUCUACAGUGACAAAUGCACUGCUUAUAUGUCAAAUAUAGACUUGACAGCAACUGAGAUGCAUAUCCGCCGUUUCUUUUCUGACAUUGGUGGCGUGGCAGACAUACGGUUACUGAGGGACAGAUUCACCAAAAAAUCAAGGGGUUUGGCGUAUGUAGACUUUUUAGACAAAGAGCAUCUUGAGGCAGCCAUUAAAAAGAACAAGCAGAAGUUGCUCAGUAAGAAAGUAAGUAUUGCCCACUCAGAUCCAAGCAAGAGUAAGAAGAACCGUGAAGCAGGCACUUCCUCCAAAGGCCAGGAUAAGUUGCCUUCUGAAGGUGAACACGGUGAAAAACCGCCAGUUGCUGCUGGUAGUUCAGACAAGGAAAUGCCCAAAGGUGACACGAAAACCAAAGCAAAGAACAUGCUGUUCGCCCCACGAGCUGUGAUGAAACCACGCGGAUGGAACAAGAAGGACGAUGAGAAACCCGAUGUUGCUCCAGAAGAGUUGAAAUCAAAUGAUGAGUUCAGAAAUCUGCUGCUUAAGAAGUGACGUUUCGUAGGCAGGUUAGUUCUACCAAUCUUCAUGUUCUGCUCUAUGCUAGGACAGUUGUACUUGUGGGACGAACUUCCCCGUGUUUCCCAUGACCAUGAAUAUACGGAGUCGUUAAUAUUGUUUUUCCUUUUCUUUUGAGAGAAGCCAGAAAUCUCAUUUGCAAGAUGAGUUCGUUAUAUGACAAA